AUGUCCUGCCAGCAAAACCAGCAGCAGUGCCAGCCCCCGCCCAAGUGUCCCCCCAAAUGCCCACCCAAGUGCACGCCUAAGUGUCCUCCCAAGUGCCCAGCCCCGUGUCCCCCUCCAGUGUCUUCCUGCUGUGCCCCCAGCUCCGGGGGCUGCUGCAGCUCUGGGGGUGGAGGCUGCUGCCUGAGCCACCACAAGCUUCGCAGAUCUCUUCGACGCCGACACCAGAGCUCUGGCUGCUGUGGCAGUGGCGGUGGCCAGCACUCUGGGGGCUCGGGCUGCUGCUCUGGGGGCUCCGGCUGCUGCUCUGGGGGCUGCUGCUGA